UCUAAGUAACACAUCUAAAAACAUCACGGGUAAAAAAGAUAUUACAAGAGCUAUUCGGGGUGACAGAGAAUUUCUUAAAAUAGUAGAUGAAGAAAGCGUGUACUACAAAAAAACAGAAUUUCCCACCCAAAAAUUAUUGUAAACCAUAACCGCCAUUACAUUCAUUGUAACAAACUUUGCAGUUCGCAUUUAAGCUUCAGCCUUCAAACUUACAUCUCCAAAAUCAAUCCGCCAUUAGAGAUGAGUACUCCAACUAAAGAAGCUUCUACAGUGGAAGAUGAAGUUUCCGCUGAUGAGAAAGAAGAUUGGAUUCUAAAAGCGACUGAAAUGGUGGAUUGGCUUUACGAUUUUUGCUACCAGCAUUACCCGACAAAUCCAGAAGAGAGAAUCUCUGAUAUCGAACAUCAAAUCAGUUCGUGCAUCAAAGUUCUCGAUUUAAUUCCUCAAGAAAAGAGGCAAUCGGAACAUGAACGUUCAACAUUCGCGUAUCUAAAAGGAAGGUUGUAUAAUGCAGUUCCUGAUGUUUAUAAGGAAGAAGCAGAGCGUCAUCUAGAAGUAGCUACUAAUUUGAAUCCGCUUUUUCUGGAUGCUUGGAAUCACCUCGGCAUGUGCGUUGCUAAGAAAGGAGAUUAUCGUAGAGCUAAAAACUGCUUCGAGUUUGUUCUUAAAAUGGAUCCAACUAGCAUGGUUUUACGUCAACUUGCAGAGCUUGAACUGUUGUUUUCACCAGCUGCUGAAGAUCCAAUACAACAACUUGGCGAAUGCAUCAAAUAUGCCCAGCAGACACUCGCUUUGGAUAACAUGGAUGGACGCUGUCUUUAUAUCUUAGGAAGUGCAUAUCUCACUUCCUUUUAUCUGACUGGAGGAUGGAAUUACGAUAAUCUUCUACUGUCAUUAGAAGCAUUCGAGAAAGCUGAGAAAAUUGAUGCAAUGAAGUCACACCCCAAUCUGCGAUACGACUGUGCCAUCGUGAAUAGAUUUUUGGAGAACUACAAGAGGACCCUAAUUGGAUUAUCAGAUGCUGCGUCACCUUCUCUUGAUCAUUUACAUCAAGUGAACGUGACGCUCCAGCUUCUUGACAGAAUAGAAGGAUUACUUCAGGGUAAGAGUAAUGACAAGAGUAAGGGGAAGUGUAAGGGAAAGAGUAAAGGAAAGAGUAAGGGAAAGGGUACGGAAACAAGCGUGUCUUCCCUGAUCCAGUCACUUGCUACUAUUGAUUUGAAUCUUUCAUACAACAGAGCAACCAUAAAUCUCUUAACUGAAGGCCUUAACAAAGGGAUUGCAGUUAUAGCAGCUGUCCGGUGCUUAGUUAAGUAUGAGUAUAAAGCUCCAGUAUACUAUCUGCUCUGUGACGCCGAUGAGAAUAGUUUUGUACUUAUAGUGUUCGGCAUACAAAAGGAAGCAAUUAAACAAGGAGAUCAGGUCACUCUAUUGGAGCCCUUUUGCAAAUUUGUUGAUUUUGAUUGGGAAGGAAAGCACUAUCAAUUCAAGUCGGUGCGAGUGAAUCUUCCAGGACAAGUUCUUGUAAAUGGAAAUGUCGUGUCUCCUAAUUUUGUUAUUCGUGAAUCAAUAUUAUUCGCAUAAUCGAGGGCAUGAAAAGUCUACAAUAAUCUUCUGUAAAUGUGAUCUGUUAGCUACCAAAAUAACAGAUACAUUCAGUGGGAUUCAUAUAUGUGUCAAGCAAACAAAACUACGCAACAUACUUAAAUGCUUGUCUACUAUAUGCAGUAGGUGUGGGAGCUUGAUAUGAGAUAAUUAGCUCUACUGCCCAUGUAUUGUUUUUCAAUCUGCAAAGCCAUUUCUUUCAGCUGGAUUUUAGAUGAUAUAUUUCUCUGACAUAGAUGACUACAAUGAAGCAAAAUUUCUGU